ACGAGGCACUUCCGGGUGUUCUGGAUGGAGCUGUCAAGCGCGUAACACCGCCUUCUUGUUUUUGACUGGGAAUUUCUUAGUCAACAGCAUAUUUUUCCCGAGCUCAACACACGUUGGAGAAAAAAGCCAAAGGCUUCCACUCAUUUAAAAAAAAUAGUUAUUAGCUUGUUGGGCGUUGGAGUAGCCAUGUUAGCUAGCUAACUAUCUAGCUAGCUCGGCGCUGCUUAUGUUGCUUGCGCCGACGUGGUUGAUUUUUGUUUGGAUCGGCUAGUGGAAAAGUUGCCUGUUGUUAUUUUUGCGAAUAUUAUGAGCGAAGGGGAAGUGUUCCACGAGAAGCAGCGUCUGGAGUUGUGCGCCAUCCACGCGCUCAACAACGUGCUGCAGGAAAGGGUGUUUACAAAGGAGACAGCCGACGAGAUCUGCAAACGGUUGGCUCCACAAUGUGUGGUCAACCCACAUCGCUCCGUGUUCGGCACGGGCAACUAUGACGUCAACGUCAUCAUGGCGGCCCUACAGAGCAGGGAGCUGGCAGCUGUGUGGUGGGAUAAACGCAGGACGGUUCAGAGCUUGUGCAUCGCCAAGGUUCAGGGCUUCAUCCUGAAUGUCCCUUCGUGUGUCUCACUGGGGAUCCUGUCCCUGCCGCUGCUGAAGCGGCGCCACUGGCUCGCCGUACGCCAAGUCAACGGGCAGUACUUCAACCUGGACUCCAAGCUGAAGAGUCCCGUGUGCAUCGGAGGGGAAAAGGAACUACAGACUUUUCUCAGCGAGCAGCUUUCUCAAGACGUGGCGGAGAUGCUGCUGGUGGUGACGCGGGAGGUGGAGGAGGAUGGCUCCUGGCUGAACCCCGACCCCGCCGGUGACGGUGCGAACAGUGCGGCGUGAGAGCAAAACAAAGGACUUUCUUUUUCUUUUUUUAACACACCUCAUGGCAGCAAAGUCUUCAGGGAACAAACAUUUAACGACCACACGCGCCAAAGAGAAACUCGUUUGGAAAGCCUUUGACCAUUUAUUCCGUUUUCUUGAUAUCCAGUUUAAAGUCAACACAGUGGGCCCUUUGAUUCACGAGGACACAAAUCAGCGUAAUAGUCGAAUGACUAACCAAAGAGCGUAAUUCUAGUAAAUGAAUGUGAAGGUCUCAAGAAUGUGAACUAAAUGCUCAAACGGCUUUCAAAUAAACUUGUGCACUUGUGACGUGACGAUCCGAUGAUUGUAACUUUUUUCUCUGCAGCUAAGCUAACAUGGGAAGCCAUUCUGGACUGAGCGCUUGAACGGUUUGGUGGUACAAAGUGUUGGCAUGAUGUCAUCAUAAUAUUAAUAAUAACAGUGAUCGCUCAUGAUGGGAACAAAAAAAUGCAGAUUACAGAUCAGACUAUGUAUUUGUAUCAAACUUUGCUCAAGUUGACAUCUUCAUGCUACUAGUGAAACACUAACUGGUACAUUUUUAUUCCGCUGGUAGUAGUAGCACAGUUGUUAAAUUGGGUACAGUUUCACCUCAGUAUUUUCCCAAAGUGUCCUACUAGUGAGAAAAGAGCGUACAUUACUCGUAACAUUACAGUCAAACUAGCAAUGUUAAAAAUUGACAAAUUCAAAUGCCCAUCGCUAUUGAUCUAUGCAUAUCCAAUAAGCGUUGCCAGUCUGUCUGUGGUGCACACUUGUGACUUAUUGACUGACGACCUACUAAGUUUUUAAUGUUGAAAUGUAUUUAUAAUAAAUUUUGGUUGUUGUUUUAACCCUCA